AUGUUGAAGCUUUCGUGUAAUUUAACGAACCACUCACACACAUUCUUCUCCGAUUCUCGUCUCUUCCCUCCGGUGAAUCGCCGUACAGUCGCCGUCGUCUCGUGUUCUCAGCUGCGGAAGACGGAUUUAGAUUCUCUGCGUGCUGUUCUCUCCGCCGAUCAGGGAAGCCUGAGUCCGGUUAAGUCCGGUACACCGGCGGAUCGAUUCCGGUCUGGUCGAUUGAUGGAAGAUGGUUAUUCGUAUAAAGAGAAGUUCAUUGUAAGAAGCUACGAAGUUGGGAUUAACAAAACCGCCACCGUCGAGACAAUUGCUAAUCUCUUACAGGAGGUGGCGUGUAACCAUGUACAGAACGUUGGAUUCUCGACGGAUGGGUUCGCUACAACACUCACGAUGAGGAAAUUGCAUCUCAUAUGGGUCACUGCAAGAAUGCACAUUGAAAUCUACAAAUAUCCAGCUUGGAGUGAUGUGGUUGAGAUAGAGACAUGGUGUCAGAGUGAAGGAAGGAUUGGAACAAGACGUGAUUGGAUUCUUAAGGACUGUGCCACUGGUGAAGUUAUUGGACGUGCUACAAGCAAGUGGGUAAUGAUGAACCAAGACACGAGGCGGCUUCAAAGAUUUACAGAUGAAGUUCGAGACGAGUACAUGGUCUUCUGUCCUCAAGAACCAAGACUGGCGUUUCCAGAGGAGAACAAUAACAGCUUAAAGAAAAUCCCAAAACUUGAAGAUCCAGCUCAGUACUCUAUGCUUGGGCUUAAGCCUAGACGAGCUGAUCUCGACAUGAACCAGCAUGUCAAUAAUGUCACCUACAUUGGAUGGGUCCUUGAGAGCAUACCUCAAGAAAUCAUAGACACGCACGAGCUUAAAGUGAUAACUCUAGAUUACAGAAGAGAAUGUCAGCAAGAUGACAUUGUAGAUUCGCUCACCACCUCUGAAAUCCCCGACGAGACGGUCUCAAAGCUUACCGGGAUCAACGGGUCUGCCACGUCAAGCAAACAAGAACACAGUGAGAGCCAUUUCUUGCAUAUCCUGAGGUUGUCAGAAAACGGUCAGGAGAUCAAUCGUGGGAGAACACAAUGGAGAAAGAAAACCUCAAGAUGA